AAUACCUUGCUUGAUUGUAGAUCUUUAUCUCUCCAGAUCCAAGGCAAUUAAUUAUCCAAUCUUCUCUCUUCCCUCAACUCACGAGCCAACUUAACCCAGCGUCAUUUCAUCGAGGGGAGGGAAAUCUGCUCCGUGCUAUCCAAAACACCCAUCCUCACCCACUAUCGAUAUCUGAUGAUAUGAAACCUGAGAACUGUGCAUGUAUCACUACUACAGUCCUACUCGAGUCCUAGGUAGAUACAAGAUAAUCACCACCAUGUACGAAAGGUACAAGGGAUCUUCAAGGAUUACUUUGCCUUGGCAACCACUUUCUGAUCAUCCACUCUGUUUACAAUCCCUACCAAAUUUCUAACAUCCUUUUUAAUGCGCGGCCCUCCUCAAGGUGAAACCACCUCUCACAAGCAGAAAUUCCAUCUUACUCGGAACAACCUAAGCCCAAAAAAUCUUGUCGUCUCUUCGAAACUCUGUCUUCUGUGCUUUCGCGUCUUCGUAUCUUGACUCUCGGGGCAUAAGGAAGGAAAUAAUAGGGGGGAGAAAAAGUUAAUUCUAACCCUACGCAUCAACAUAGUCCAUCUGCAACCUUGCACAUCUCACCUAGAGGAUUGACGGCAAGACAUUCCCAACUGAGCUUGAGCCCAUCGCAAGGAACCUCAUUUUGCUCCCACGCAAUCCCCUUCACCCCACAGAUCUCAUCACAAAUAGGACGGUUAAUUUGAUACAUCAAUACCAUGUCCUAUAAUCGAUUAGAUCCGGCGGGCCAAGGCCAAGACGAUUAUUACAAUAUGAAUAACAGACAUCAGUCGCCGCACCCUCAAGGGUACCAACUAGAAGAUGCGCCAUAUGGAAGGCCACAUACUACUUCACCCGGUCCUGGAAUGCACAAUCUCGAGAUACCUAUGGGUCCUGGAGCACAUAGAGUUGGAACGCCAAGUGAUCAACUGCAAGCUCAACCAUCUUAUUCAGUCGAACAUUUAGAUCAAAGCCAAUACCAUCAGCGUAUGCCCCUCAAUCCCAGUCAAAGCUACGACUCGGAAUAUUCUCUAGAUCCUAACGCGCAUCACGAUGCUUACUACCAACCUCCAUACCAACCUUCUCCUCAUGAAGAACACCCUUUACAUAAUUACCCCCCAGCGCAAGACCCUUACUACAAUGACGAUGAUGACCAUCAACCAAUUCUACAAUCGCAUGAACCUUAUGGGCCAGAUCCGCACUCAGCUAGUGGCACCGAUUACAAAGGUGGUUAUGACGGGGCGGGACAAUCUCCAUCUGCGACACCUGUACCAGCGUUGAGAAGAUACAAGACAGUUAAGGAAGUCCAACUGUUUAAUGGAAAUCUCAUACUUGAUUGUCCGAUUCCUCCUAAGCUUUUAAAUCAAGUCAAUCAUGCACCACCACCGGAGAGAGAUGAGUUUACACAUAUGAGAUACUCAGCCGCAACAUGCGACCCCAGUGAGUUUUUCGAAGAGCGCUUCACAUUGCGACAAAAACUCUUUGCAAAGCCUCGGCAUACAGAACUCUUCAUCGUUGUUACAAUGUAUAAUGAAGAUGAUGUGUUAUUUGCUAGAACAAUGCACGGCGUAUUCAAAAACAUUGAAUUUAUGUGCACUCGCAAAGAUAGUAAAACAUGGGGAAAGGAUGCCUGGAAGAAGAUUGUAGUGUGUGUGGUCAGUGAUGGACGUGCUAAGAUCAAUCCAAGAACAAGAGCUGUUUUGGCUGGUUUGGGAGUUUAUCAAGAUGGAAUCGCGAAGCAACAAGUUAAUGGCAAGGACGUGACAGCACAUAUCUACGAAUAUACGACUCAAGUCGGAAUUGCUUUGAAGAAGGAUAUUGUUACACUCACACCAAAACAGCAACCCGUUCAAUUGCUUUUCUGCUUGAAGGAAAAGAAUCAGAAAAAGAUUAACUCUCACAGAUGGUUCUUCCAAGCCUUUGGUAGAGUACUCGAUCCUAACAUUUGUGUACUCAUCGAUGCUGGUACAAAGCCAGGAAAAGACUCAAUUUAUCAUCUAUGGAAAGCUUUCGAUUUGGAACCACAUUGUGCAGGAGCUUGUGGUGAGAUCAAAGCUAUGUUGGGUCCAGGAGGAAAGAAUUUGCUAAAUCCAUUGGUUGCUACCCAGAAUUUCGAGUACAAAAUGAGUAAUAUUCUGGACAAGCCUCUUGAAUCGGCAUUUGGAUUCAUUUCGGUGUUGCCAGGUGCCUUUUCUGCAUAUCGAUAUGUUGCGUUGCAAAACGAUAAAACCGGAAAUGGACCACUGGAGAAGUACUUUGCAGGAGAGAAGAUGCACGGAGCAAACGCUGGCAUUUUCACUGCAAACAUGUACCUUGCCGAAGAUCGUAUUUUGUGUUUCGAAUUGGUAUCCAAGAGAAAUUGUCACUGGAUCUUACAAUACGUCAAGUCUGCUACUGGAGAAACCGAUGUACCGGAUACAAUGGCCGAACUUAUUUUGCAACGUCGAAGAUGGCUUAACGGAAGUUUCUUCGCUGCUAUCUAUGCUCUUGCUCAUUUCUAUCAACUUUUCCGAAGUGAUCACAGCUUUUUACGAAAGAUCAUGUUCUUGAUUGAAUUCACAUACCAAACCAUUAACAUGAUCUUCGCUUGGUUCGCUCUUGGUAAUUUCUUUCUGGUCUUUCACAUCUUGACUACAUCUCUCGGAAGUGCUGACUUGCUGGGUAAUGUUGGUGUAAUUCUUGGUGUUGUUUUCGAAUGGCUUUACUUGUUUACGCUUUUGACCUGUUUCAUUCUGGCGCUGGGAAAUCGACCUCAAGGAACGAACAAAGUUUAUAUGUCGAUGGUUUAUUUCUGGAUUAUCAUCAUGAUAUACCUAAUGUUUGCUUCAAUUUUCAUCACGGUCAAAUCAAUUCAAACUCAACUUGCAAAGGACCAAUUUAAUUGGACGGAUAUUAUCAAGAAUCAAAUCUUCUAUACUUUGAUCAUUUCUCUCGCCUCAACUUAUCUCCUCUGGUUCAUUUCUUCCUUUUUAUUCUUCGACCCAUGGCACAUGUUCACAUCUUUCCUUCAAUAUCUUCUUCUCACCCCAACAUAUAUCAACAUUCUCAACGUUUACGCUUUCUGUAACACUCACGAUAUUACAUGGGGUACCAAAGGAGAUGACAAAGCCGAGAAACUUCCAUCUGCUGUGCUCAAAGCUGGUGGUAAAGUCGAUGUCAACAUUCCCACUGACGAUGGCGAUCUCAACGCUCAAUACGAAUCCGAAAUGCGCAAGAUUCAAAUCAAAGCACCGCCUGAGAAACGUGAAUUCUCGGCAGAAGAGAAGCAAGAAGAUUAUUACAAAUGGUUCAGAUCUUCAGUAGUGUUGUUCUGGUUGGUUUGUAAUUUUGCACUCACGAGUGCGGUGCUUAGUACAGCGGGCUUGGAGAAUAUCGAUACGAGUACUGAUGAUACGACGAAGAGUACGAUUUAUAUGGCUGUGGUUUUAUGGAGUGUGGCAGGAUUGAGUUGUUUUAAGUUUAUUGGUGCUAUGUGGUUUUUGAUUGUCAGGAUGUUUAGAGGUGUUUAGUUUCCUGGCGGAAAGAGAGAUGAGGGAGGAAUGGGGAGAAUGUGGUUCUGAGAUCGGAGGGUUUAAGAUAUGAAUGCAUUGGAUAUGCAAUGAAUGGACAGGAAAGGAUAAAGAUACCCCAGUUAGCGGAGGUGGAUAGGGGAGAUGGUACAUACAAAUGUAUGUACUCGCGUGAUUUUACCAAUUUUUCUUUCUUCUUCUUUUAUGAUUCAUUAGGAGCGAGAGGAUUUGGGAAUUAUUAUGAUUGCAUGACUUUAUUACUUGGUCUCUUGUGAAGGGAAAAGGGGUGAUAUUUGAUGUGUAUAGGAUGGAAGGAGUUUGGGGGUGGAGAUGAGAUGGCGGUCAGGGUUAUAGAUGGGGAAAGGGUAGUCUAGAAUACUAGGAGAAAGAUGAAAGAGAGAUGAUAAGGGAAGUAUGAACAUGAAAUAUGAAAUAUGAAUAAUAAAUCUUCUUUGAAAUGGUGUUUUCUGUGUGAGUGAUUAAUCUGUGGUG